AUGGCAACUGCUUCACUUCCUCAACCCUCCAACCCGGAGUUGAGUAACGAGCUUGCUGACUCAUGUUGUUUGAGUGAUCAUAAGAAAGAGUUAGGUUGGAAAACUGUCAAGCAAAGUGUUGAUCUGGCAACCAGAGGAGGAGAAAAUGUUCAUGGCAGUGCUCUUUUUUUGGAAGAAGAAGCUGAUAAGCUCAUUCUAGAUGACACCAAAACAAAUCAAAAAUGUUUUUUUGGAUUUUGUCCUCAUUGCAUAUGGAGAUAUAAAAGGGGAAAGGAACUGGCAAAUAAGAAGGAACAUAUUAAAAAAUUGUUGGAAACUGGAAAGGAACUUGCAAUUGGACUCCCUGCUUAUCUUCUAGAUGUUGAACGAUAUUCAUCUCAACACUAUAUUUCUUUUAAAAGCAGAGAAUCUAAAUACAUUGAGCUUUUGAAUGUACUGAAAGACGACAACAAUUAUAUAAUCGGGUUACAAGGGAUGGGGGGCACAAGAAAAACUACAAUGGUCAAGGAGGUGGGUAAGAAACUAAAGCAGUCCAACCAAUUUACUCAAAUCAUCGACACGACAAUGUCAUUUUCUCCUGAUAUCAAAAAGAUUCAAGAUGAUGUUGCUGGACCCUUGGGAUUGAAAUUUGAUGACUGUAAUGAUUCAGACCGACCCAAAAAACUAUGGAGCAGAUUAACCAAUGGUAAGAAGAUUCUUCUAAUAUUGGAUGAUGUGUGGGGAGAUAUCGAUUUUAAUGAACUAGGGAUUCCAUACAGUGGCAAUCACAAAGGCUGUAAAAUUCUUGUAACCGCCUGCAAUCUGUUGGUGUGCAACAGAUUAGGUCGUAGUAAGACAAUCCAACUAGAUCUCUUAUCUGAAGAAGACACAUGGAUCAUGUUCCAAAGGCAUGCCGGUCUAAGCAAAACUUCAACUAAAAAUUUGCUCGAAAAAGGCCGUAAAAUUGCAUAUGAAUGCAAAAUGUUAACAAUUGCAAUUGCUGUUAUAGCCAGUAGUUUGAAGGGUGAACAACGUCGGGAAGAGUGGGAUGUGGCCUUAAAUUCCCUGCAAAAACAUAUGUCCAUGCAUGGUGUUGAUGAUGAACUCCUUAAAAUUUAUAAAUGCUUGCAAGUUAGCUAUGAUAAUAUGAAGAAUGAGAAGGCCAAGAGACUAUUCCUCUGGUGUUCCGUAUUUCAAGUUCAAUAA